AUGGGACAAUUAUUAUCCGAUAAUUUUUUCGACAUUUGGGGUAUAUUUUGUCAACAGGGACUGGCAGAUUUUCCUAAUAGAUCUUCAUUAAGAAUAGCAUACUUUUCUAUAAUUUUAUUGGCGACCAUCUUGUCGGCAGCUUAUUCUGCGUCUUUCAUUAGCUUUUUGACGGUCGGUAUUCACAUUUUACCUUUUCACUCAUUAGAGGACUUCGUUGAAGACGGUACUUAUAAACUUUCCGUUUAUCGCGAUACAGCUGAAUAUGAAAUGUUCGCAAAUUCGAAUGAUCCGCUUGAAAAGAAAAUGAUGAAGUUGAUGUUGGACGAGGAAGAAUUGUCAGCAAAUAUACUUGAAGGAUUUAUCAAAAUUUGCGAAGAUCCUAAACUGGCUUUAUACACGUCCGACUUAUUAAGGGAUGCUGUAUUUCUCGAAAUCCCAUGUAAAGUUGUUGGUGUUGGUACCGGACGUGUAGAUAGAACGGCUAUGAUUUUAUCUAAGAACAAUCCGUUCACCGGCGUAAUCAAUUUUUAGUGUCUUAUCGAAAUUUAUCAAUCGUGGUAUGAAUUAUCGACUGAAAGACUUAUCAUCCGAAAAGAAAAUUUAUGAUAGGAUUCAACAUCAACCGAUUGGUAUUAACAGCGUAAUAUCCCUUAUUUUUUUCAUA